AUGCACGAUAUGAGCAGAGAGGGAAAACAGAAUACAUUGAUGAUUAUGACGACUAUGAGCCCAACCAUUUUCGUGAACGGGAUCCUCCAAAUAGAGAGACACGACAUCGUAAUCGCCCCUUCCAUCAGAUACCCUCCAGAAGUCACAGCUCACACGCGAUGGCUGUUCACGAGAGAACGUUUCCGGGUCGAUGAUCCUGUGAGCACUGGCGGAGCAAUGGUAGGCGACAGAUGCGUAUGGGUUUCUGAAAGCGGUCGUCACAAGGGCACUAUAAAAUUCAUCGGCCAUCUCAAGGGACACAGCAAUCUGUACGCCGGCGUGGAUUUUGACGAAAAAGUCGGAAAAGGCACGGGUGUUUUCCAAGGCGAGGUGCUCUUCCAGACGCCGGAGAAUCAUGCUGGUUUCGUGCUUCUUUCCGCUCUGGAAAUCAUUCCACGUCCAGUUGUAACGGCUGCAAAUGCUCAUAAUCGACCCAUUUCGUUGGUCCAGAAACAGGCUUCCGCUGAGUCUCUUCGUGACAUGCCAUCGCCUCCUGCUGUACCUCCACGACCGCAGAUGCAGGCCGAAGACUACAUGAUUGACUCGUUCACCGUUGGAAGUUGUGUGGAAGUCUGCCAUCUCGGUGCUUGUCGUUCGGGAGUCAUUCGAUGGAUUGGUGACGCAAUGAGUGACGAUCAUGAUCACAUUGAGCGAAGUGCAGUUGUUGAAUUGGAUGAUGUGUCCCCAUCUGGCUGGCGCCCUGCCUACGAAGCACCGAUGUCAAGUGCAGCCGACGUGAUGAACGGUGUCCUUGUGCCGACAUCCGCUCUCCGACGAGACCGUCGUGUGGACCCUAACGCUAUGAAUGAUAAAGCAGGCUCGCCCAAGCAGAUGAGAGCGGAUUUCGGCAGCAUCGAUAGCGGAAUCGAGCCGACGAAAUGUGAACCCUGGCGGAUCACUGAUGAUCUUGUUGGUCGAAUGAAAGGCAUUCAAGGACACAGAAAUAGCUGUUAUCUCGAUGCCACAUUAUAUGCCAUGUUCGUACAAAGUACUGCUUUCGACAGGUUACUUGAGCGACCAGCGAACAGAGAUGAUAUACCACAAUACCGGGAACUUCAACGUUUGCUAGCGACUGAAGUAGUGUAUCCUUUGAGAAAGUUCCACUACGUCCGCGCCGAUCACAUCAUGAAAGUACGUGAACUGCUCUCAAAAAGUCUGCCACAUAUGCGAGGGUUGACCAGUGAGGAGAAGGAUCCGGAAGAAGUACUGACGGCUCUUUUUGGACAACUGCUUAGAGCACCGCCGUUGGUUGAAUUAAUAAACCUGAAGGAUAACAAAGUGGAUCGGACAUAUCUUUGCCCGUUGAUUGUCGACGACUGGACGGCUGGUGUGGCCACUACGCAGCAUCUGCUUGAACGUUCGAUGCGAUCAGCGAAUGUUAAAUUUGCUUAUCCUCCAAAAACCCUCAUUCUGCAGCUGCCGCGAUAUGGUCAACAAAAGCUGUUUGAUAAGAUCUUGCCGUUGGAACGAAUCGAAAUUACUGGUCUUGUGAACAACGCUGUACAAGCUUGUCAUGGAUGUAGUAAGCCAGCUGAAGGAAUGUGUCCUGAAUGUUUCCUGUGCAAGCGGGUUACAUUAUCGGAGGUAUCCUUUUGUGUACCUUGUUCUACUCGUGUGCACUACAAUGCUGGGGAACAAGACCAUGCAAUGCGUUUGUUCUAUCCAAGUGGUCGUCCUGUCAAAAAACCUGCUCUUCACCGUAUGGUGUUAUCUGCUGUUUUGUGCAUUGAAACGUCACAUUACGUCGCAUUCGUUCGGUCACUUUCUGGGCGUUGGUUGUUUUUCGACUCUAUGGCAGAUCGAGAAGUUUUGAAAGGCAUUGUUACUUUCAUGAUUGUGAUGGUUUACUACUGCUAG